AUGGGAGUCGAUGAAGAGGUCCAGAACAUCUACUACAGCAUUUACAACAUUAAUUUAACACUGGUCAAUCUCGACCAAGGCCUUGGCCAACUCGUCGACGGCAUGAAUUUCGGACUUGGCGUUUUCGACCAACAUGUCAACAUGGUUGUUGGAAAAGUGAACGAUGUGCAGAACAAUGUCAACUCGAAGCUCACAUUGUUUCCAAGUGAAUGGGUUUACUUGUUCGUCUUGAUGUUUAUUGUGCUGAUUCUUCUUGGAUUAGUUGGCUAUCUACUCUACUACAUUGUCAAUUAUAUUCUGAAUCGACACGAUCGGUACGAGGAGUAUCGAAUGUGGUAUUUAAAGAAUGUGAUAAAACAAGAUAUCGACAACGAUUAUGAGGAGGAUGAUGAGUUUGCGGAAGGAUUCUACUCGCUCAGUGAUGAUACGCCACCGCCAACGUAUAGUGAGUAUGUACAGACGGCAGAUUUAUAUGCUAACUAUCAUGACGAAGUGGAAGCUCAACGCAAAUCCAACCAAUACAGUUCCCGAAUCGGUCGACCUCGAGGCACUGAAGAUGAAUAUAACACUCUCAUCUAA